CACAACCGCCAUCAACUUAGUCCUGUCCACGACUCGCCGCGCAUAAUGACCUCUGCAAUGGACGAGGAUAUUCUGAGCGACGUUGUGCCCAGCAAUAUCGUUUCUCGCCAACCUAGUCAGGGCGCCGAAGGAGAAAGUGAAUACGACGAAGAAGAGAUGCCAGAUAAUGCAGAGGAUGAGUUGGAAGACGACGACGAAGUGGUCGACAAGCCCAGAAGAACAUCACGAAAGUCUUCAGAGGCUACACAUAAAAAGACUCAGAAGAGGAAAGCAGCUGAAGGAAAGCUUCAAGUAAAACGAGAAGAGAUGGACAAGGCUAAGGUCAAUGACGCUGUGAAGCGCUACUCCUAUCUCCUGGGACAAACCGAAUUAUUCAAGCAUUUCGUCGACAUCAAGCGCGCGAAAGAUCCCGAAUAUGCCGCCCUCAUGGACUCGCAGCCUAAACCGAAAGGCCGAGGGAGGAAAAAGGCAACGGACUCGAAUGCUCGCCAUCGAAAAUCUGAGAAGGAGGAAGACGAGGAGAUGCUGAAAGAUGGAGAAACAGCAGCAGAUGGAAACGACCAGCCCUUUGUGUUUGAAACGUCGCCAAAUUUCAUCAAUGGUACCAUGCGUCCAUACCAAAUUCAGGGUCUGAAUUGGAUGGUUUCCCUGCAUCACAAUGGCCUCAACGGUAUCCUCGCGGAUGAAAUGGGCUUGGGCAAGACCUUGCAAACAAUUUCGUUCCUUUCUUACCUGAAAUUUCAACGGGACAUCCAUGGCCCACAUCUGGUGGUCGUCCCCAAGUCGACCCUCCAGAACUGGGCGCGGGAGUUCGAAAAGUGGUCACCCGAGUUCAAGGUCGUUGUCCUCACAGGCUCAAAAGAAGAACGGGCGGAGACCAUCUCCAAUCGGCUCAUGACUGAAGACUUUGAUGUCUGCAUCACAUCAUACGAGAUAUGUUUGAUCGAGAAGUCUUCGCUCAAGAAGUUCUCAUUUGAGUAUAUCGUUAUUGACGAGGCUCACCGUAUCAAGAACGUCGAUUCGAUUUUAUCGCAGAUCGUUCGCUCCUUUCUGUCGCGGGGUCGUCUGCUGAUCACUGGGACACCGCUGCAAAACAGCUUGAAGGAGCUAUUUGCACUGUUGAACUUUAUCUGCCCGGAGAUUUUCGUGGACUAUGCCGACUUGGACAGUUUCCUUCACAAAGACGAUGAAGGGACUGAAGCCGAGGAGGAGAAGAGCAAGAAAGUCGUUGAAGCAUUGCACAAGAUCCUGCGGCCAUUUUUGCUCCGACGAGUGAAGGCUGAUGUCGAGAAGACACUCUUACCGAAGAAGGAGAUCAACAUCUAUGUUGGAUUGACCGAAAUGCAGCGGAAAUGGUACCGGUCGGUGCUUGAAAAAGACAUAGAUGCUGUCAACGGUUUGACUGGCAAGAAGGAAGGCAAGACCAGGCUCAUGAAUAUGGUCAUGCAGCUGCGUAAAGUGACUUGCCAUCCGUACCUUUUCGACGGUGCAGAACCUGGACCACCUUACACAACCGAUGAGCAUUUGGUGGAUAAUAGUGGCAAGAUGAUCAUCCUGGACAAACUGCUCAAAAACAUGAAGGCCAAGGGUUCACGUGUCCUUAUUUUCAGCCAGAUGAGUCGCGUGUUGGACAUCCUUGAAGACUAUUGCUUGUUCCGGGAAUACAAGUAUUGUCGAAUCGAUGGUGGCACUGCUCACGAGGACCGAAUUGUCGCUAUUGACGAGUACAACAAACCUGACAGCGACAAGUUUAUAUUCUUGCUCACGACGCGAGCGGGCGGUUUGGGUAUCAACUUGACGACUGCAGACAUCGUGGUGCUGUACGACAGCGAUUGGAAUCCCCAGGCUGAUUUACAAGCUAUGGACCGGGCACAUAGAAUUGGGCAGACAAAACAGGUUUAUGUCUUUCGAUUCAUCACGGAAGGCAGUGUCGAGGAGCGAAUGCUGGAACGGGCUGCUCAGAAGUUGCGAUUGGAUCAGCUCGUCAUCCAGCAAGGUCGAACCCAGCAGUCCAAGGCUGCCAACAAGGAUGAGCUCUUGGACAUGAUCACUCAUGGAGCGGACAAGAUCAUCAAUUCUUCGGACGAGCUCCUCAUCAAUGAUGACAUCGAUGCCAUCAUUCAGCGUGGAGAAGAGCGCACCAUGGAACUGAGCAGCAAGUACGACGGGCUCAAUCUUGAGGACUUGAGCAACUUCAAGUCAGAUGCUUCGGUCCAGCAGUGGGAGGGUGAAGACUUCAGGACUGGGCGCAAAGCACUCAACUUCAAUAUGCUUUCAAUGCCUAAACGCGAGAGGAAGUCCAACUACUCAGUGGACAGCUAUUUCAAGGAUGCCAUGCGAACUGGACCUGUCAAGACAGAGAAAGGACCUAAACAACCUCGCGCGCCGAAGCAAAUCACAGUUCAAGACUUCCAGUUCUUCCCGCCCGAGUUAUCUGCUCUGCAAGAACGUGAGCUUGCUCUUCACAGGCGACUAAAUGGCAUCGCCGCCACGGUCCGAGAAGCACAAGGUCCAGAAGAUACUCCUGAGAAACUUGAAGAAGAACGAGUUGCGGCCCAGGAGUUGAUAGACAAUGCGGAACCGUUGACAGAAGAAGAAGUUGCUCUCAAGGAGCAAUAUGUUGAGCAGGGAUUCCCUGAUUGGAGUCGACGCGACUUUCAACAGUUUGUCAAGGCCCUCGAGAAUCAUGGAUGGAACGAGCGAAUGGAAGUCUAUGCAGCUGAAAUUCAAGACAAGCCAGCCGAAGAUGUCGAGAAGUACUAUCGAGUGUUCGAAAAGAGAUGGACGAGCCUCCAAGAGCAUUCGCGAAUUGACGCUCGUAUUACCGAAGGCGCCACCAAACGCAACAAGCGUGAUAACCUGGAGUAUUUGUUGGGAGAAAAGAUUUCAUCUGUGCGAUAUCCGAUGCAAGAAUUGGAGCUUAACUAUCCGACUACCAAAGGCAAGGUCUACAGCGAAGAGGAAGAUCGGUAUCUUCUUUGCCGAUUGUACCACUACGGAAUGCAGACCGAUGAAGUCUACGAACGCAUCAAGAAAGAUAUCACCGAGUUUCCUGUCUUCCGCUUUGACUGGUUCUUCAAGAGUCGGUCUGCUCAGGAACUGCAAAGGAGAUGCAACACGUUAUUGGGCAUGAUCGAGAAGGAGGCCGAGAUCAGACAAGCAGAGGAAGCCAAGUCUAAAGGCUCCAAGGGGAAGAAACGGACAAUUGAAGAGGUCAAGAAGGAGUCACGCCCAUCUACACCUUCAGCGUCAACAUCUGCAGCAGCUUCCUCAUCCAAGCGGCCAGCCAAGAAGAAAAAGACAUAGCACGCGUCUGUACAGGGUGUUUCUGCUGUUUCUAUAUGAAUUUUGUAUUGCGAGUGGACGAGCGCGACGGGCAUAUUACUAAAGACACGCUCUCUAUUCCUCGUGAGCAGAAAGUGCAAGGUGACCCUCUUUGCUGUUCCUCCAGUGGUAGUCCUUAACCGCGGCCUGCCAGGUGUAAUAGUCUGCAAAGUCACUGAGCAAGUUCGGCGAGUAAAAACAUCGGAUGCUUCACGUACAAAUGGCAGAGGGAAUCGCAAUGGGAAGAGCGUAGAUCGACAGACGGCGCACACCAUUGAACAGGUAACUUCGCAGCAUGUGAGGCGCAGCCUUCGAUUGGUACGGAGACAGGGCUAUUCCGGAAAUGAGCAGGAAGACCCGGUUCAGAGAAGUGACACGCACUGUAGGUGUAGAUGCCCUUCUGCUUAGCGGCGGUUUGGUCACCCCACCAAAGAUUCUGCGUUGACAAUCAGUUUCCUACAACCUUCCUUCGGACGCGCCGCACGUACAUAGACCUUUGCUGUGAACAAAACCGUUAAUUUCUCUCUGGAGGAUACCCAAGUUGCGACAUACGUCCGGGCAUAUCACUGAAAGCAGCUCUCGUCGGUCUCAUCGUGGUGUUCGGAAUGAAUUGGAAGAGGGAACACAGCCACUGCGAUCAAGUGGGUCAUUGAUUAACAGGACAUCAAGUUCCAAAUAGAUGACGGCAUCUCGGCUUGCAUCCAUCGUUAGAAUAAUUACUAAUGCAAAUCCUCCGAAUCCCUCUCUUUCUUUCUUCCUACGACACACUUGCCCGUCUCCGACUAGUCGAGUGGGAAUGGCACAGUGCUAUGAUGGGGAAGGAUUCGCACAUCCUGUGUCGGGUCUAAGAGACUUUGAUUUGACGUUCUGCUUCCAAGAGGGUAUCUUGCAGUCGUCGUUGCUCAGCCUGUUGCUUGCGUGUAGCAUUAUCAGCUCGCUCAAAUUAUGUCUACAAGUUGGAAAUUUCAGGUCCAUCAAAAGCCGGGGCAUCCUGGCUGGCAAAAUUACCCUGCUGACAGCCGCCAUCGGAUGCAGCGUUGCAGCAUACGUGAUCUCACGAAACAAACCUACUGGAGUUCUUGAAGUCUUUAUCCUCGAACCCGUCGCUUUCCUCAGCGCCGUCGCGUUAACAUAUUUCAACCACACGCGCAAUCGCAAAAGCUCGACCGUUCUUCUUAUCUUUUGGCCUGUUUACCUCUUCGUGCUCGCCGUCUGGGCGCGAUCAGUCAUCAACACCGACUUUGCCCGUUAUCGGACACUGCUCUUACUAAAAGGCUCUGUCGCUGUCGCCGUCCUGGGAGCAUUCACUUUGGAGUGCAUCGGACCCGAGACGGGUUUACCGGAGGAUGAGAACACGCGAUACGAGCAUCCCAUCUUGACUGCGAAUGUAUAUAGUGUCUGGACAUUCUCGUGGAUGACCAGCCUGAUGGCCAAAGGUGCGACUCGUCCAAUCACCGAAGAAGAUCUGCCGUCUUUGGUUCCCUCGGACGAGUCUGAGCACUUGGGGAACCUCCUCGAGGGUUACCUCCACAAGUAUGGUGUCUGGAGCUCCCUGUUCCGUGCUUACGGCGGCCCGUACGUGGCCGCUGUCGUGCUAAAAGUCAUCCAAGACGCACUAGCUUUCCUGCAGCCCCAGCUUCUUCGCUUGCUGCUCGCAUUCAUUUCUCGAUAUCAAGACGCGGGUCCACAACCGAGCGCCGCGGAAGGCUUUUCGAUUUGCGUGUUGAUGUUCAUCGCUUCAGUGGUUCAGACGAUCUUGUUGAACCAGUACUUUGAACGUGCCUAUGAGACGGGGAUGCGCAUUCGUGCUGGUCUCGUGACCGCCAUUUUCUCCAAAGCUCUCGUCCUAUCCAACGAUGAGCGGGGCCGCACUACUGGAGACAUCGUCAAUCUCAUGUCUGUUGAUGCUAUCCGCAUGCAGGAUCUCUGCACAUACGGAAUCAUCGCGCUCUCAGGGCCACUGCAGAUCACUCUCGCGUUCAUUUCUCUAUACAACAUUCUUGGCUGGGCCUGUUUUGUCGGCGUUGGCGUGAUGAUUGCUUCGAUCCCGCUCAGCACGUUGAUUGCCCGGAUCCAAAAACGGAUGCAGGAGCAACAAAUGAAGAAUCGGGAUGAACGGACGCGUCUGAUGAGCGAGACUCUGGCCAACAUCAAGUCAAUCAAGCUAUACGCUUGGGAAUCGGCCUUCAUGCGUAAGAUCUUGUCUGUGAGGAAUGAUAAAGAGCUCCGGAUGCUUCGUAAGAUCGGGGUCGUGCAAGCUGCCAGCAUGACCAUGUGGAGUGGAAUUCCUCUUCUUGUCGCAUUCUCGUCGUUCGCCACAGUCGCUGCGACAUCGUCCCGGCCUCUGACAGCGGAUAUUAUCUUCCCGUCCAUCUCGCUCUUCAUGUUGCUGCAAUUCCCGCUCGCCAUGUUCAGUCAGGUGAUCAGCAACAUUGUGGAGGCCUUGGUGUCGGUCAAGCGUCUCAAGUCUUUCUUCCGCGCUUCAGAACUGCAGCCGGAUGCCAGAGAAGUCACAAUUAAGCCUGAUUUGCAGCCAGGAGACGAGGUUGUGAACAUCGUCGAUGGUGAGUUCCGUUGGGAUUCAACUGCGGUUGUGCCCACAUUGGAGAACAUCAACCUCGUCGCGCGGGCUGGUCAACUGACUGGUGUCAUGGGACGGGUGGGCGCUGGAAAGACCAGCUUGCUCUCUGCGAUAAUUGGAGACAUGUCUCGCAGCGAAGGCAAAGUGAAGGUUUUCGGCACGGUUUCGUAUGCUCCGCAAAACCCUUGGAUCCUGAGUGCGACGAUCAGAGAGAAUAUCACCUUCAACCAUGUGUACGAGGAGGAGUUCUACCAGACUGUCAUCGAGGCCUGUGCGCUCGGCCCUGAUCUUGCUCUUCUUGCCCAGGGAGAUCUUACCGAAGUCGGCGAGAAGGGUAUCACUCUCAGCGGAGGUCAACGCGCUCGUGUUAGUCUGGCUAGGGCCGUCUAUGCGCGAGCAGAUCUGGUCUUGCUUGACGAUUGUCUUGCUGCGGUCGACAGUCACGUCGCGCGUCAUGUGUUCGACAACGUCAUCGGACCGAACGGCCUCUUGUCGUCUCAAGCGCGUAUUCUGGUCACGAACAGUAUUGCUUUCGUGCACCAGUUUGACCAAAUCGUUUAUCUGCGCCGCGGAAUCAUCAUGGAGUGUGGGCCUGUGGCAACAUUAUUGGAGAACGAAGAGGGAGAACUGUGCAAACUUGUUCGAGGCCAUGGAACUGGUCUGCACGCGUCCGGAUCGUCUACCCCCUACGCUGUGACCAGUGGGUCAGUCACACCAGUCGAAGACGCGAGCGUCGUCAGCAGCGAUCAAACAUCCGAUUACACGCUGGCCAUCUCGGAAAAGCUGAAGAACCGCGGUCCAUUCUCCAAGGCAAUCAACGCUCCUGCUAAGUCUGUCCGGGCGGCCAACUCGGCGGGGCUGAGCACAGAACACCGGGAGCAGGGCCGAGUGAAGGGCCGGGUGUACUGGCAAUACAUCGAGGCUGCCUCGAAGAUGGGUUUCUCGAUCUACGUCGUGGCCACCAUCGCUCAGCAGGUGCUCACUCUUCUUGGCAAUCUCGCUUUGCGCAGCUGGGGCGAACACAACCGCGAGGUGGGAAGCAACGAGGGCAUGCUCAAGUACCUGUUGGUGUAUGGCUCGUUCACGUUCAGUGCGACCAUUCUCGGCGCCCUGGCCAGCUUGUCCAUUUUCAUUCUGUGUUCCCUGCGGAGCUCCAAGUAUCUUCAUGAUCUCAUGCUGAAAGCACUGAUGGAUUCACCCCUUUCUUACUUCGAGCUCACUCCCACCGGCCGAAUCCUCAAUCUAUUCUCGCGCGAUGUCUAUGUUGUCGACUCUCUCCUGGCGCGUCUGAUCCAAAAUUUGUUCCGCACGGCCACUGUGUGUGUGGCGAUUCUAGCAGUCAUCGGAUUCAGCUUCCCGCCAUUUUUGUUGUCGGUCCUUCCCAUCGGAUGGUUCUAUCUCCGGACCAUGAAAUACUACCUUGCGACAUCCCGAGAGCUGAAGCGGCUUGACUCUGUGUCCAAAAGCCCCAUCUUUGCCUGGUUUUCCGAGUCGCUGUCUGGAGUUUCUACCAUCCGGUCCUUCAAUCAGCAAUAUGUUUUCAUCAAGGCGAACCAGCGACACAUUGACCGCAACCAAAUCUGCUACCUGCCCAGCAUCGCCGUCAACCGCUGGCUGUCGAUCCGGCUAGAAAUUGUCGGAGCGCUGAUCAUCCUGAUGGUGUCUACGCUGGCUGUCACGGCGCUGAUCACGAGUGGUGUGGAUGCGGGCUUGGUGGGUCUGGUGCUGUCGUAUGCCAUGAAUGCCACAAGCAGCUUGAAUUGGGUCGUGCGGUCUGCGAGUGAUGUCGAGCAGAACAUCGUCAGUGUCGAGCGCAUUCUGCACCAGUCGGACGCCACUCCCGAAAAACCCCAAUUCAUCGAAGAGGCUAAACCCCAGGCUCCGUGGCCAUCCAAGGGCAGGAUCGAGUUCAAAAACUACUCGAUGCGGUACCGCCCAGAAUUGGAUCUCGUGCUCAAAGACAUCGUACUUGAUAUCAAACCUGCUGAGAAGAUCGGUGUCUGCGGUCGGACCGGAGCAGGCAAAUCCUCCCUGUUGCUGGCACUGUUCCGCAUCAUCGAGCCAGCAGAGGGCACUAUCCUCAUCGACGGGGUCGACAUCCGAAACAUCGGUUUGCAUGAUCUGCGGUCGUCGAUUUCGAUUGUGCCGCAAACGCCCGAUUUGUUCGAGGGCACGAUGCGAGAGAACAUCGACCCCGUCGGACAGUUUGAGGAUGUCGAUAUCUGGGUGGCGUUGGAGCAAGCGCAUCUGAGAGAAUACGUCGAGAGCCUUCCGGAGGGAUUGGACGCUCCGGUGCGUGAGGGUGGACAAAGCUUGUCCUCAGGACAGAGGCAGCUCCUUUGCUUCGCCCGUGCACUGCUGCGGAAGUCCAAGAUCUUGGUGUUGGAUGAAGCCACCUCGGCUGUCGAUCUCGACACUGACCAGCAGAUCCAGUCCAUUCUCAAGUCUCCAGCAUUCGAAGAUGUGACCAUCUUGACCAUCGCUCACCGAUUGAACACCAUCAUCAGUGGCUCGAAGAUCCUCGUGAUGGAUCAAGGCAGAGUGGCCGAGUACGACGAGCCCCAGGCUCUGCUGGCCGACCAGUCCUCGAUCUUCUUCUCCCUCGCAAACGAAGCCGGUCUAGUUUAAUCAAGUAGAUACUUCCACUAAUAUGAGUAGUCAGACGCCAGGGCAUGCAAUACGAUAGAUUGUCCAAGAUAAUUUGAUAUGCUUUAGAUGAUAGUGAUGCUGGGAGGCCUAUGCGUAGACUAGACGAGUCCUGCUCGGGUUUCUAUUGACAUGACUCAUUGGAACCCGCUCAUAUCCGACCGGAAGGACCGGGCCGGCUGGGGCAUGCUCAUGCCGAAUGAGCCAGCGUUCCCAAGAUCGGGAGAGGCGCGCGCAGUAGGCGGGCCACCCUGCGGGAACACGAUGGGCUGAGGGGGCAGCGAAUACCGGAGAUCGAGAUCUUCCAGAAUAGUUUUGAGAUGGCGCAUGAACUCGUUUC